AUGCAUAAUACACUUGAAUUACAUGGUAAAGAAAGUGGUCAGAUAUGGCAUCGAAAAGUAACAGGAAAAAAUGGUCUUCUUGUUAAUGUUCUACAUUCCAUAUUUAAUGUUGCUGAUGUAGCCUUAAAAACAGUACAUUUUUUACAAGCAGGAUUUGAUCGAAAUGGUGAACGAUUAUUAGCUGUUGAUCAACGUGGAAAUGUUUAUGUUUUUGAUCUUAUUCGAAACAAAUUUGAACUUGUUCAUCGAACAGGUACAAGUUGUACAGCAGUUGCAUUUAAUUUACGAAAUGCAUCCGAAUUUCUAAUUGCUAUGCCUGAUUUUACUGUCAAAUGUUUUGAUGCUGACAAAAAAGAAUUUGUUGCUUGGUUAAAAGGUCAUACGACACCAGUUAAAGAAAUAUCUGUUGAUAGUAAUGGAGAUUUUUGUAUAACAACAUCAGCUGAAAUAGCUUUUCUAUGGGAAUUAAAAACAUUUGAACGAAAACGUAAAUUAACAAUUACAAAUAAAAAUGAUGUUUGUCUUUUUCGUGCUUUCUUUUGUCCUGUAUCAAAUUAUAUUUUAACAUGUUUUCGCGAUGAUUCUAUCCUUGUAUGGGAUGCAAAAAAUCUUGAAUUUAAAUAUCAAUUAGUUGUACCAGAAAAAAAUCCACCAUUUUAUCGAGCAUUUGCUGUUACCAAUGAUGGCAGUAUACUUGUUUGUGGUGGUAAAUCAAGUUAUUUACAAAUAUGGAACUUAGAAACACAUAAAUUAAUAAAAAUCAUUGAAUUACCAAAAGCAAUUAAAGAAAUUAAAGAAAUGGCAUUUCUUAGUCAAAGUUUUGAUGGCGGUUCACAUAAAAUUAUUGCUAUGCUUUGUCAAGAUGGUAUUCUUCGUUUUGCUGAUAUUGAAACAUGUCGUGAUUUAUUUCAAAUUGGACAAGAAACUGAUUCUAUACAACAUUUUCUUCUUUCAUCCAAUGGAAAAUUUUGUACAUGUACACUUAUAUCAGGUCAAUUACAUAUAUAUGAUUUAGCAACAACAUGGAAAGAAUUAAAUCGAGCACCAUCACCAAUUGUUCGUGCACUACGUUCAAAUGAAGAUUUUCAUAAUGAUACAAAUAGUCAAAUAACAUAUUCAAAGGGAUCAACAACAACAACAACACGAAGCUCGAGAUCACGAAUAACAUCAAGUACAAAUACAAUAACAACAAAUAAAUUAGCUAUUAAAAAACGUAGUCAUUCAGCAUCAGAUCGUCUUCAAUUAAAACAACAUUAUGCAACAAGAAUAUCUGAAAAAACAAGUAUAUCAUCAUCGACACUGGAUCAAUCAGCAUUUCGAAAUUUACCUGAAGGUUUAAAUUUUAAAAAACUUUAUAAAAUAUUACGAUAUUAUGGUGAAUAUCCAAGAAAAUAUCGAGCAUUCGUUUGGCGAUGUCUUCUUCGUUUACCUGAAAAUCAUGCUGCAUAUGCUGCACUUGUUGAAAAAGGUGGACAUUUAACAUUUGCUAAAUUACAACAACAAUAUCCAUUAAAAAGUCGAAAAUUAUUAAGAAUCAUGCAACGUGUAUUAUCAGCAUUAGCUCAUUGGUCAUCAAUAUUUGGUGAAACAGAUUAUUUACCAUUAUUAUCAUUUCCAUUUGUAAAAUUAUUUGAAAAUAAUCAACUUAUUUGUUUUGAAGUUAUUUCUACGGUUCUUUUUAAUUGGUGUCAAUUAUGGUUUAUGUAUUUUCCAAAUCCACCAGUUAAUAUUUUAGGAAUGAUUGAAAAUUUACUAACACAUCAUGAUCAUACAUUGCUUGCAUAUUUUAUACGUUAUAAAGUAACAUCACAAAUUUAUGCAUGGCCUCUUCUUGAAACAUUCUUUUCCGAAAUAUUUAAUCGUGAUGAAUGGCUUUGUUUAUUUGAUCAUAUAUUUAGUAAUCAUCCAUCAUUUAUUCUCUAUAUUGUUACAUCAUAUUGUAUUAAUAAUCGAAGUGCUCUUUUACGUGUUACUGAACUUGAUGAUUUUAAAUAUUUUUUUCAUCAUCGAAAUCCUAUAUCAGUACAAACAAUUCUUACUGAAGCUUAUCGUCUUAGUGAAGUUACACCAGUUGAUAUUGAUCCAAAACGUAUGAUUGAAUCAUUUCAACCAUUAACACGUGGACAAUAUCCUGUUUUUAAUAAAUAUCCAAAAUUUAUUGUUGAUUAUCAAAUACAAGAAAAAGAAAAAUUACGAGAAGAAGAAAUGAAUUAUAUUCGACAACGUGAACUUAAUGUUGAAAUGUAUCGUGAACGACAACAACGUCGACAUGAAGAAGAAUCAUGGCUUCGACAACAGCAAUUAUUAAUUGAAGCUGAAGAAAAACGACGUAAAUUAUUAUUAGAAGAAGAUACUCGAGUUAAGGAACAGAAAAAUAAACUUCAAAUGCUUAAUCAAGAAAUCAAAGUACGUGAAAUGCAAUUACUUGAUGUAGCUCGUCGUAAAAUGCUUCAUCAACAGCAUUUACUUAAAGAAGCUGAAUUACAUCGAUUAGAUGAUGAAAUUCGAAAAAAAGCUGACGAACGAAAAGAUACCUUAGAAUCAGGUAUUAAAUCUGCUGAACUUAAAACACUUGAAUUAGAAACACAAACAAAAAUUUUGGAAAAUCAAAUGCUUCGAUUACAAACUACAAAACCAUCAAAUAAUGCAGCUUUUAAUUUGGACGAUUUGUCUGAUGAUCAAAGUUUAAAAGCAACAACAAAAAAAAUAGUUGCAGAUGCUAAACAUACACAUCAUUUUCCUAAUGAAAUUUCAAUGGAUAAUGAAAAUAUUGCAUUACGUUUUGAAAUGAAAGAUGAAGAUGCUAAAGAUGAUAUGACGGAGGUAAAUAAAAUUCUCUAUAUUUUAAUUAUCUUAAUUUAUUU